AUGGAGGUGGAGGGACCUGCCUCAAAGUCCGUGACCUGGGGAAGGGAGCCCCUGACCCGGGCCACAGCCUCGUACACCCUGCACGACGACCGAUUCCAGCUGCAGCAGCGAGUGUACGAUCGGCAAUUCGCCCAGCUGUACUUUUACCGACUCCUGAAGCUGCGCCCCGCCGUGUCAGCCUCCGCCAAAAGGCGCUGGCCCUCAUGCACAGAGGUGCGAGUGAUCGACGCCGUGGAGGAUGUGGACUGCGUGCUGGUGGGCACGCUGUACAAGGAGAUGAAGCUGAAGCCGAGCAUCCUGGACGAGUAUGUCAAGGACAAGACCACCCAGCAGCACCUCGGCCGCACCCGCUUCACCUCGCCCGACGACAAGCUGGUGCUGGAGGAUGAGGGAGCUCGCAUCGUGCUCACCGGGCCGGUGGUGCCCACCGCCUCCCUGGUCACGGGGGUGGUGGCCUCGGUGCGGGGCCGCAUACUGCCCAGCGGCGAGUUCUGCGUGUCGGAAAUCUGCUAUGCGGAGCUGGGGGCGCAGCCCGUGGCACCCCCGCCCCUAUCCCUGCAUUCCCCUGGCUCGGGGCCACAGGUCACCCGCGCCCCCGCAAGGUACAUCGCGUUGACCUCCGGGCUGGGGAUUGGGGAUGCGGGCGCCGAUCCGCUGCCGCUGCAGCUGAUGGUGGACUACCUGACGGGGGCGCUGGGGGGCAGGGAGGAGCAGACCCUGGCGUCGGGGGUGGUGCGCAUGGUCAUAGCCGGCGGCCUGCUGGCCUCCAGCGCCGCGCUGGCGCGGGCGGGGACCUACGCCGAUGCGCGCACGCGUGAGGGCGCGCUGGCGGGCCUGCGCGACGCCGACGCGGCGCUGAGUCAGCUCGCGGCGGCCCUCCCCCUGGACGUGAUGCCGGGGGAGGCCGACCCCGCCAACGCAUCGCUGCCGCAGCAGGCGCUGCACCGCGCGCUGCUGCCGUGGGCCGCGGCCGCCGGCGAGGGCCUGGUGCGCGCCAGCAACCCCCACGAGUUCGACGUAGAGGGCGUGCGUUUCCUGGGCCUGUCGGGGCAGAACGUGGACGACGUGGUCAGGUACGCGGAGCUGGACGACCGGACGGAGGUGCUGGAGUGGAUGCUGAGGUGGCGGCACAUGGCGCCCACCUCGCCAGACACGCUGGCCGCCUACCCCUUCCACGACCGCGACCCCUUCGUGCUGGACACCUGCCCCCACGUCUUCUUCGCGGGGAACCAGCCGGAGUUCGGGACGCGGAUGGUGACAGGAGAGGCGGGGCAGAGGGUGCGUGUCGUCUCCGUGCCGGCCUUCUCGGCCUCGCCAUGCCUGGUGCUGGUGAAUCUCGACACCCUGGCCUGCCACCCCAUCUACUUUAACGCCGAGUCCAUGGACACAUGA